AUGGGCCAACACAGCAGAGAAUCUUCGACGGCGCCAUCUGGAAAUGAUGGGGCGACAGUCGAGGUCAAGCGCGAAGAGUCGGUGGAUGGUGAGCUUGCACACGAGCUCAGCACCGCCCGCGUAGCCGCCAUCAAGCAUGAAGACUCGGCAAGCCCCUCGGAUUCACCAUCUCUCAAACCCGCGCGAUUAAAAUCAUCGCGCUCAUCCCCUGCGUCGACAUCCUCAAAUCGACCUCUCGAUGCAGAUAGGGACACGUCGACUGCCAAGAAAGAGCCUGACGGGGCAAAUGGUCACCACUCGACCUCCACCUCGCCCAUCAAGUCGGAACCCAAAGCACCCUCAAAGCCCGCCAAAGGCACCCGCGCCGCCUCUAAGCUGCCACCCCGUGUUGCUCCUCUCUUCGACCAUCUUCCGGAUGCAACAAACGAAGCCACUUCUACUUUUACAGUUCUUGAUGCUUGCACUUACCAAAAUAAAUACCUCGGCUUCAGUGAACAUGCUCUCGACUGCGACUGCAGCGAAGAAUGGGAUGCGGCCACCAAGCAGAACCUCGCCUGUGGCGACGACUCCGACUGCAUCAAUCGAGCUUGUAAAAUGGAAUGUGCCAAUGACUGUAGUUGCGGAACUGAUUGUCAGAAUCAACGAUUCCUUCGACGCCUGUACGCUGAUGUAUCGGUCAUCAAAACUGAAAAGAAAGGCUACGGUCUACGUAUCAACGUCGAUCUGCGGCCGCAUGAUUUUAUCUUCGAGUACAUUGGCGAGACCAUCCCGGAAGGCACCUUUCGAAAACGGAUGAGACAAUAUGAUGAAGAAGGCAUCAAGCAUUUCUAUUUCAUGUCUCUGAGCAAGGGUGAGUUUAUUGAUGCUACCAAGAAAGGAAACCUGGGUCGCUUCUGCAAUCACUCUUGCAACCCCAACUGCUAUGUCGACAAGUGGGUAGUGGGCGAUAAGCUUCGUAUGGGCAUUUUUGCCGAGCGCUACAUCAAAGCCGGCGAGGAACUCGUCUUCAACUACAACGUUGACAGAUACGGCGCCAACCCGCAGCCGUGCUACUGUGGGGAGUCAAACUGUACAGGCUUCAUCGGAGGCAAGACACAAACCGAACGCGCCACCAAACUGUCCGCUGCGACGAUUGAGGCCUUGGGCAUCGACGAAGAUGAAGCCUGGGAUACGAUGGUCGCUAAACGGCCGAAGAAGAAGAAGACGGCCGAAGAUGAUGAAGACUAUGUCGACAGUCUCGAAGCCAAAUCGCUUGACGCCGAAGGCGUGACGAAGGUGAUGGCUGCACUCAUGCAGUGCAAAGAGAAAUGGAUCGCUGUGAAACUCUUGCAGCGCAUUCAACGCUGCGAUGACGACCAAGCAUGGCAUCGGGUUGUCAGGUUUCACGGCUACCAGAUCCUUAAUUCGCAACUGUCGGCAUGGCGUGACGAUGAGAACAUCAUUCUCCAGAUUCUUGAUAUCCUUGACCGACUACCACGGUUGACGAGGAACAAGAUUGUCGAUGCAAAGAUAGACAAGACACUGCAGUCUUUGGUCGACCACGAAGACGACAGGGUGGCCACUCAGGCGUCAUCAUUAUUUGAUGCUUGGUCCCAGCUUGAGCUUGCCUACAGAAUACCGCGAAAGAAGAAGGAAGACGUAGCAACCUCUGUAAAGACAGAGCCAGCACCAUUCGAGCGUCGUGAAUCUGCCCAGCAAAGGAAGCGCUCAAGGUCAAGAUCAAAGUCUCCUCCAAGAGGACCAGCAUCGCUCAACGCGCCAGCCGGUCCUCGAUCUCUGCAAAGACCCGGAGCAAAUUUCUUUCCGCGUCCUCCAUUGCCCUUUCAGCGCGGUCCCCCACCAUUGCCACGAGGCUGGUUUGCGGCUCAAGACAAAGGUAGAACAUAUUUCUAUUCUUCAUCGGGACAGACGACGUGGACCAGACCGUCAAAACCAGCAGAUGACCCCCCUCCGCCGCCUAAACAGCCAUCGGAACAAGACGUACUCAAAAGUAUCAUCGACAACAUCGUCACGUCGCGCGGCAAAGAAACCAAGAACUCCACACCCGACACGCCAGAGCCUAGCAAGCCCAAGAAGGAAGAGAAGUGGAAAUCUUACGACGAAGAAAAGCAAAAGAAGCUGUACGAGAACACUCUCUUCCCCCAUAUAUCGCACGUCAUGAACAAAUACAAGAACAAAAUCCCUCGGGAUGACCUCAAGCGUUUCGCGAAAGAAAUAGCCAAGAAGCUUGUCGCCUCGGACUACAAGGCAGGCCGGGUCAAAGACCCUACGAAGAUCGAAGACCGACAGGUAAAGAAGGUCAAGGACUUUUGCAAACAGUUCUUUGAAAAGGCAUACCAAAAACACAAGAAGCACGAGGCAGAGAAAGCCACGAGGGAGAAGGACAAGAAGCCCAAGCUGGACGGUGAGACAGCAGCAGCCUCAGCCCCUGAAGCAGACGAAGACGAAGACAUCAAGAUGUCGGACAAUGAGCUGGAUGACACUCCGAGUGUUCAUUCGCCAUCCGAGGCCAACGGCACGGGUACGUUGAAGCGGAAACGCGAUGCGCAAGAACAUGACGCCGCAGUGGGCGGUGACGACGAUGGGCCAGAGCCCGCUGGGUCGCCGAUCAAGCGCCUGAAUAUGGAGCUCGACACACCUCCUCCGCCGCCACCACCGCCUGCACCGCCAAUUGAAACACCGCCAGCCAGUACACCUCGCGAGAGUCAAGACGUCGACAUGGAGACAGAUAUCUUCGCCGAUACGAAUUUUAAGGGAAAGAGUAUGGCCGAUGUUUUGGCUCAAGCCCAGGCCGAAGAUGACGAGGCAGCAGAGGAUGUGGGCGACGUGGUGAUGAAGAAUGGCAAUGUGUUGGAGAGGGAGGGAGAGACGAGGAACCCGAUGGUGGAGGAUCAGCCUGUUGACCAGACCAGGACGGAUCAAUGA